GGGCCAGCGCGUCACGCCGCCCGCGCUCCGCCCCCCGCUCCUGCUCCCGGCGCCGCCACCUCGGCCCGGCGCGGGCAGGCGCGCGCGGCGCAGCCAUGGAGCCCGAGUGCCGGGUGCUCUCCAUCCAGAGCCACGUCGUCCGCGGCUACGUGGGCAACAAGGCGGCCACCUUCCCCUUGCAGGUUUUGGGAUUUGAAGUUGAUACGGUGAACUCUGUCCAGUUUUCAAACCACACAGGCUAUGCCCACUGGAAGGGUCAGGUGCUGAAUUCAGAUGAGCUUCAUGAACUUUACGAAGGACUGAAGCUGAACAAGGUCAACCGGUACGAUUAUGUGCUCACAGGCUAUACAAGAGACACAUCAUUUCUUGCCAUGGUGGUGGAUAUUGUCCAGGAGUUGAAGCAACAGAAUCCUAACCUUGUGUAUGUGUGUGAUCCAGUGAUGGGUGACAAGUGGAAUGGAGAAGGCUCCAUGUACGUGCCCAAGGAUCUCCUGCCAGUCUACAGGGACAAAGUUGUACCUGUUGCAGAUAUAAUCACUCCUAACCAGUUUGAAGCUGAGUUGCUCACAGGCAGGAAGAUUUACACGGAAAAAGAUGCACUGGAGGUGAUGGAUGUGCUCCAUGCCAUGGGACCAGAGACUGUGGUGAUCACAAGCUCAGAUCUGCAGGCACCUCUAGGAAAUGACUACCUGAUUGCUCUGGGAAGCCACAGAAAAACUAAAGCAGAUGGUACCAAGAUAACACAAAGAAUUCGAGUGGAGUCUCCUAAAGUGGAUGCUGUCUUUGUUGGAACAGGAGACUUGUUUGCUGCUAUGCUUCUGGCAUGGACACACAAGCACCCAAACAAUUUGAAGGUGGCAUGUGAAAAGACUGUGUCAGCCAUGCAGCAUGUUCUGCAAAGGACCAUUAAGAGUGCAAAAGUGCAAGCUGGAGAAGGAAACAAACCAAACUCAGCCCAGCUGGAACUGAGAAUGGUCCAAAGCAAAAAGGACAUAGAAAACCCAGAGAUCAUAGUGAAAGCCACCGUGUUAUAAAGGCUCCACGUCUCCAAUAACGCACAAUGUAUCGAUGUCCUCAUUUCUUUCCUGUAAAAUUGUAAUAUUUGCCUUAGAUCUGUGACAGAAACCUGACCUUCAUGAAAUAGUGCCCAGCAUAGGCAGAUAUCCACUCUCAAACAUAUGUGCUGGCCUUGCUCAGUUUUAAAACCAGAACAGUUAGUGUGCAUUGAAGCAUAUUCCCAGGUAUCCCAAUGUCUGUCAGAUUCACUUAGUCUGUGUGAUUACCCAGGGCAAGAGAGCAAUGUUCCUGCCUUGCCAAAGACUGUAGAUGGGAAUUUGCUAAUGGAAUGCUUGACUGGAAAAUGUAUUUCAAGAUGGCAUCUAGUGCCAAUGGAGCUGGCUCCAUGCUCCCUUUUCCUGGAGGUACCUGCUUACCUACUCUGGUAUUCAGUAUCUCAGCUGCUAUGAAACUAAGCAGGGUUAAAGCUACACACACAGUUCUGGUUGUGUGUAGGAGUACUCUGAAGAUGUUUGGCACGUUCAGUACUCUGAAGUGACCUUGAGGUGUCGUUCAUGUUGCUGAUCUCUGCUCCUGUUUCUUAUCCAUGAACAGCUGCACAGUUUCAGUUGUCACAGGUUCUGGCUGCUUGUUUCUCCUGUCCGUGGGUGCCCACGUGAUUUUCCUCCAAAAGCUGCUCCAGAAACAUCUUCAUUAACAAGAUCAUGCCUUUAUUCAGUAGCACUGGUUAGAAGUGUGGCCUCUGAGGUUUGGUUCUUUUUUAACUAAAGGCAAAAGAGAAAGCUCUUAACUUGGAAUUUAGCUGCCUUGGCUUGUUCAUCGUGGAUGGAUGUAGUUACAAACUACAUGGGCACUUCACAUUAGUGAGCACUGCUGGCUGCCUUAGCAGUGAAGCAAUGUGGGAAAAGGAGUAUUUUUGGUUUAGUAAGAUCUGGUCAGUCACACAUGCUUACCAAAUGCAGUGAAACAGAAAAAUUAACUUGUUCAUACUGUCUCUGCAAGCAACGCCAAUUAGAGAUUACAGAAAUACAUUGUUAUUAUUGUUAUUAUUAAUGCACGAUUCUGCUUGAUAAGGCUUCAAAAGGGGAUUUUUAGUCAUUUCAGUGUCCUUUGGAUCACAGCAGUAUACUGAAGCAGCAGGGCAGGUCUGCUGACAGGUAUUGGCCACUCACACUUCCGUAGGAUUUCUGUAUGGGAUCCAUGUUCUUGCUUGUCCCAAGAUAAAGUCUAGUGUGGUGUUAAAUCCACAUCGAGUUGAUGAGCUUUUGGCAUCAAAAGUGAAAAAAAAAAAAUCAUGUUACUUGAGAAUUUCAGGAAAAAAUAUCAGCGUGAAUUUAUCUACAAAACGUGACUCUACUGCCACAGCUUUUAGUAACCACUGUCAUGAAAUAACUUUCUGGGAAUAAUAAUUUUGGUGUUGUGAACAGUUGCUAAAAUUAGCAGUCAGUAACAGAGAUAUGAGCUCGUGGCUGAUCCCCAGCCUGUAAGAAGAUGUGAACUACCUUGACAGUGUGUACAAGUGUCUGAUGGGAAGCAGUGAAGAGGGAACCAGGCUCUUCUUAGUGGUGCCUAAGGAAGUGAAAAACAGACAGUAGCACAGAUUGAAAUACAGAAAAAUCCGUUUAAACAUUAGAAAAAUAUCAUUCACUGUGAAGGCGAUCAAACCCUGGCACAGGUUGCCCAGAGAGGUGGUGGAGUCUCUGUUCUUGGAGAUGCUCAGAUGCUGAACCUGGCGCUGAGCAAGCUGCUGUACUUGGCCCUGCUUGCUCAGAGCCUGGGCCAGAGGCUCAGAGGUUCCUUCCUGAGCUUCCCUGCCUGCACAGACAGUGGUCAAUGCCCUGUUGGUAAGUGUAAGACAGCACAGUUUUAUUUCUCCAUUACAGUAAACAGACUUCACAAGAGGAUUGAGAGAAAGGCAAGGGCUCUGUUCUCUGAAAUAAAGAAGCUUGGAAUUUGGGAGGGUCGGAGCUACCUUGCAAACAAGGUUUUAGUUGUAAACCAUGACGAGCCAUGAUCUUGACAUAAAAGACACAGUGAUAUGUUUGUUGGAGCAGUUUAUACCUGUCAGGUGUAAUCUUUUCCCACUUCAGAGAAUGGAUCCAUUCAGUAAUUCACAACUUCCUCAGAACCUGUGACAUACCAACAUUAAAGAAAAAAAAAAAAGAAUAAUCAUACUAAUGUGCUCAAUUUGCAAGUUCCUAUUUCACAGUAGCUGGAUCCUGUAGCAAUGGGCUGCUGGCUUCAUCUGCUGGAGUCCCUGAGGGUUGCUCAUGUGAUAUCUGUUUUAAACUCCCACUGACCUGAUCUAAAUUAGGUCAGGUUUGUGUCUUCAGUGAAGAAUUGGGCUUAACAUCUCUUACCAGGAACAAACAUCAGAAAUUAUCUGUAAAUAUAUUCUGUAGCUAACAUUUUGUAGCCACAGCAGGCUAACUGGUAUUUUUGAAUGUCAAGGUACACAUUUUUAUUUGUUUAGAGUUACACAAAGCUCAUGUGCAGAACAAAAUUCAGAGACUCAGCACAGUCCUGUCUAAUAUUUCGUUCCCUCCUCUCCUCCUGCAUAUAAUAGCUAUAUCUUUUUCUGAGCACCUGCUGUAUCUCUGAUGCAUCUGGAAAGUGUCUCAGUGUCGGGCAGUGCCCUCUAUUUAUUUAGGGGCUUGGAGGAGACUGACCAGCGUUGUCUGAUUCACUUGCACACCUUUAGUUAAAGAUAAAAGGUUCAUCUAAACUAGCUUAGGUCCUAAUUGAUGACAGGAGAACAAGCACUUUAGCCCAGAGAGUGGAGUCUGUUAUGAGGGAUAAUCUUCCCUGGCCAUCCUGAGAGCCUGGAAGGUGUAACCCAGCACUCUCCAGCUGGGGACUGGUGGCUUCACUGCCACCUGUGUGAGGUCAGAGGCACCCAGGGCUUCUCAUGCUGCAGCACAUGGAGGCAUGGGAGAGGUGAAUGUUUUGUGUUCAUGUCCACUCCACUUCCCUAACAUUCUUUCUCCAUUCUGGAAUUAAUUUGUGUCAGAUCCCCUUUUUCUGGAGUGAUUUGCAGUGCCUGUGGCCACUGCUCAAGUCCACCCACUCAUUUUUUGGAGCCACCUGUGCAGGAGAGACCAAAAGUUGUUUACAAACCGUCUACUCUGGGCCCGGAUUAGUCUCUACAUGCUGAGAAUUGAGACAUGCAUAAAGACAUUGUGCUAAAAUCAGUGCUAUUCACACUCAAUAGAAACACUUCAGAAACCUGCAGUAUGAAUUGUUAAUGUUCGUGUGCUGAUUUUUAUCUCAAGUGGGGAGAAAUCUAUAAUCCAGGUGUUGCACAAAAGAAUUGAAGGACCAAGGCUUCCAGCUACUCAUACUGCCUUCUGAGUAUCUUAACUGUGUCUUGACUGGAUGGUGUUAAUUUUUUUGUCUGAGACUGUUACGGUGAUUGUAUUGAUUAAUUUUAUUUUAAAAUAUGUGGCAAGGAAGAUUGUAAUAAAAGCAUCUACGUUUAUUAUACUGUGCACACACAAACUGUUAGAUCCUAUUUUUAAAUAUGUUAAUCGUUUCAGAAUUAAACAGCACAAGAAUGGUUUGCUAGUCUUGCUGAAUAAAGUGGAUGUAAUUCAAUGUUUCCUUAGUUAUGUCCUAGGAUAGAGAAAGGGUAGUUAAUGGAAAAGAGCACACUUGUGCCCUGUAAUCAUCUUACUGUAAGAUACGGAUGUGGAAGUGAGUAACAUCCUUGUUGUCUUAAUUUUUAUUUUUUUAAAGACAUUUAAUGGGAAGGAAAUUGCUGGCACUCUGCACCACUCCUUUGCAUUCCUCUUACUUGCAUGUGUAGGACCUCAUUGCGUUGUGCUCUUUUUUCCCUGCAAACAAGGUGAGAAGAGGGGUUUGAAAUAAGAACCAUAGCUCAUUUGGAGAUCUCUUUCUUGUGCAGCGUUUAACUGCGCUCCACUCACUGAAUUUUUCCCUUCAUUGUGUAGGGUAGAGCACACAGUGCUGUAGAGUGGGAAACAAAUGUUCCUCGUGUGGGAACAAGAGCUUCUGCCAGCACUCAGCAGUGUCCCUGCCAGCGUGGUGGUUUGCAGGAGGAGGAGAGCAGGGAUCCAGGUAAAGGAAGCAGGAGGUGCUGUGUCAUUACACUUGUGCCCACUGGAGAGGUUUGGGUUGUAUUUAUACUAAAGGAAAGCACCUCUCCCAAGUAAAGGUCUUUGCCCAGUUAAAGAAUGCUUUUAAAAGCUGAGACAUGUUCCAAAUUUUGAUCGCUCUGGUAUUAAAAUGUUUCUUCAUAAAGGGAAACGCAUCCCUUUUACAUCCCCUUGCUGGCUUAUUGACUGUAGUGAUUCCACUCCUGUUCAGAGUCCCAGGAUUAGAUAUCCAGAGAGCUGUUCUUCCUGAAAGCACAUGUUCUUCAUGUUCCUGGUAAGUGAGAGCCUGCUGAGCACUUCUGUAGCUUUCUAAAACACGUCCAUUAAAGACAUUUGUCAGCCAUGGAAGCCAAGCUUUGAGAUGUUCAAUCACAGCCCAAAAACAGCUCUUUCAAAUAAAUGAAAACUCUUGACAGCGCAUUAUUGUCAAUAAAUGAGUAGACCAGUGAGUUCAUACAUGCAUGCAGGAGCAGAUUUCAGGUAAAUCCCCGAGGUUCAGUCAGCCCCUGGGGGAGUGCGCCCUGAGCAAAGGGCUGCUGCUGUCAGGGCACUGCUUCAGGAGAGACCCAGCUAGUUCUCACCUUUUCCCAGAAGGGAGGAAUGUGGUGUGGCAUUCAACAGCCAAGGAGAACUCCCAUCUGCUUCACCAGGAAACCAGUGCCAGGUGACAGCCCCAGUGCCACCAGUUUGGUGCUUUUACAGCUCUGGCAGCAGAGGACCUCGAGGCAGAUGGGAUGUUCCUAAACGUGCUCGCAUCCCUGACUCAGUGCCCCCACAGUGCAAAUAAUGGUGAUAAAUCCCCAACGUGCUGAGUAGUGAAUAAGGCAGCACAUUAUUCAGAGAGAGAAAACCAGCAAUAUGAGAAGGCUGUGCCAUAUGUUGCCCCUGAGAUCACACUUACCUAUUGCCCUCGUGGUUGCAUUGCUGUUUAGAAAAAAAAAUUCUGUGUGUAGAAGAGUGUAAUUUAUGUACUCUGUGUGUGUGUGUGUGUGUAUGUAUGUUGAAGCUUUAUUUGCAAUGUGGUAGGGGUGGGAAACAGAAUUUGGGGGGCUGGCUGAGAAGGCCUUCAGGAUGUGAGCAGGAGGUCUUAAAGAAUUAUAUUUUUAUAGAUUGUGCUGAAGCUUUGGGUCCCAGCCACACAUAGCCUUUUCUUCCAGAGAAGUAAAAUGGUUUGGAAAGAGAGUCAGGUGGCUGUAAUAUAGUAGGGAUAGUACAACCCCACCAGCCCUGGACAAACUGAAUAACUUAAUAAAAGAUGCCUUUUUAAGUAAUAUUUUUUUAGUGCUGAAUUGUUAAACAAAGAAAUAUUUAUGAGCAAAAUUUCUAUGUACUUAAAGUUUGUGUGGUGCUUUGUACUGACUAGGUGGACCCGUUACCUGUUUACACAUCUUAAAUGAUUGUCCUUGAGGCGUGUGUAGUAACUCAGCGGCUUCUAUGCCAGAAAAACAAUGAAGUUCUGUGUAAUAGCAAAUGAUUUAAUUUCUGAUGAAACUGUAGGCUUUCUAGUGUCUGUGUAUUUUUCUGGUUGGCCAUCACAAGUUGUAUCCUUCCUGCAGUAAGGCUUGUACGCUUGAUUGUAGAGAGAGGCAAUAGGAUGGUAGAUAACCAUUGUUUAAAAAGAAAACCCUAAAUAUUGCUACCUUGUCCACUUUAAAAUCAGGUAAGCUUUGUGGCAUAAGCCUGAAAUUUUUGCACUGGAAAGAUGUUUCAAAUGCAUCUAGGUUAGGUUAAAAAUUGGGGAUGGGUUUGUUUGUUUAAUUAAAUAAGACAGGGAGGUCUUAAAAGUGUUUAAUAGCAACGUGUACAUGGACAAGCCAAGAGAUGGAACAGAAAUGGCUUGUUCCCAUUGUAGGGACCUGACCAAGAUAAUUCAUAACCUGUGCCCAGACAGGUGAAAAGACAAAUGAGGAAAGUAAAUAUUUUUUUUUCCUUGUAGCUUGUUAGCUGUAAUAAUGUGAAGAAUUUUUAAUUGUUCUGAAUUCAAAUUCAUGAAUACUUUUCAGGAGAGCAGAGUUACGGAUAAAAUCCCAUUCAGUUAAAAGGCAAAGCCGUUCAUAGGGUUCAAAACAAAGCAGGAUUUUUUUCAUCUUGCUAAACACACUGAAUCUUUGUUUCUUAUGGCUGGGAGACAAGGGCUAAAGCACAACCGCCCAGAUUAAUUUUUUUGGUUGAACUUCAGGGUAUUUGUAAAAAGCACAAGGGUCUGCAUCAAAAAGGAGUUUUUGGAGCAUUGUCCUGUGAUAAAUGUCAUUAUCUACUGGAGCAAUUGAUGAUUUGGCAAAACUCAGCAUCGCUUGUUAUGUCCCUUUUAAUUAACGUGGCAGCAUCCUCGCCACUCUUGCGAGUAAAUCACCUCCGCAAAAAGUAGAGGAGAUUUUAUCGUGAGUUUCGCUUUCCCAGAGUUCCUGAUUAGAAGCUCUGCUGCUUUGCUAGGUUAGCAGGAGCAAUGUCACCGAGAUGAAUAAUGUAUUGCUGAGGAGGGAGGCUGGCAGGGAGCAGCAGUGCUGGGGAUAUGUUGUGCCUGGCUUUCCUUCCCCUGGGAAUCUGGGGGUGCAGCGUCCCCUUGGUGGUGGCAGAGUGACUCUUCUGCCUGCAUCUUGCCGUGGGGGGAAUGUGGGGGAGUUACUCUGAGCAAGUGGGAGCUGAGGUGGCUGGGGAGCUGUUGGGUUUGUGCUGGCCCAAGGCUGUGGUUCGGCACAACUCUUUGUGCACCCGAAAGCCCCUGGUUACGGCUUUCCUGGCCACGGCGUAAUUCCCUCAGAUCUCUUCUGCAGGCCAUGGAGAGCCAAGAGACUCUGCAAGUGCAUUAUUCAGAUCAUUCAGGCUUGGCUUUUGAAAAGAAAGGUAGAGAAUUAUCAGCUGCUGUGGUAGAUCGAAAUUGUCCAUCUCAGCUACACCGUAAAACUGUGCCCUUAUCUUCCUCUCCCAUCAUCUCUGCUGUCCCUGAUUUGCCUGUCCCCGUAGCAAGGGACAUGAAAGAGCUGAAAUCAAUGGGGAAUUCAUCCAGUCAAAACCCCUGAAGUUUUGAUCUUCUUUAGUUCCCUUAACCUCCUCAUCCUGGGAACAGAUAAGCACCAGUGCUGCUGCCAGAGAAGGUCUGGGACAAUGCAGCUGCUCAAAAUGAGGGAGAGUGGAGAUGCCUCUGUCCCUGGCAGCUGGGUGAGCAGAACCUAACUGCAGAGCUGCACUGUUAAUGGGAAAGAAAAGAAAUCUUUGUGAGCAAAGUACUUGAAAGAGGAGCUGGAGAUUCAGUAAUCAGAGUUUGGUGUUCUCAAUCCGUCCCAUCCCCUGCGUCGCAAAAAUAUUACAGUACUAAAAAAAUUUGGUGUGGCUGUUCUUAAUGAUCUGUGUGAUGCUUGUGCCUAGCAGAGCAGAAAAUAGCAUUGAAUAAAUCAGUGCUCUAAAUAGGGAAUAUAAUAGGGAGAUCCAGGUGGAGAAAAUGUCAAGUUUGUUUUCACAGCACUCACAUGAUGUCAGAGUUGUCCAGGUCUGGCUCUUUUCCUUCCUGCCCCCUUUAAGCAAGGAAAAAAUGACAUCACUAAAUCAAUCAAUAAGUAAGGGCAGUUACCUGGGAAUUUGUGUGGCGUCAAUAUUCAUUUUCAUCGACAGAUUGCCAAGGCUUCCCACACCAGAGGUCUCUAGCUCACAAGGGGCUUUCAGGGCUGUGGUAGAGCUGGCUUGGAGCGCAGUCCUGGGGACACAGCUGUGACAGAUGGCAUUGGGAUGCCACCUGCGGGCACUCCUGUCCUGCAUUUGGUACAGCACGUGCCUGGCAUCUGCUAGAUGUGAUUACUCGCCUUGGUAGGGAGGAAACUUGGGCUUGGAGCUGCAGGGAUGGGAGGAAACCCUGGAGAGUUCAGCACCAUCCAGUGAUCCUGCCGUUUGCUGACUGGUUUUUAGUGCAAUACAUCCCCUUUCAAUGUUGUUUUCUUUCUGGGAGAUGGGGGAUUGGCGGCCCAGAUGCUGCUUUGACACACUUUUAUCUGGCUGAAUGUGAAAAGCAAGUCAAGAUUGUAAAAAAUGGAGGGAUAGCUAUGAAUUUGCCUAGGACUUCUGUGAGUAGAGAGACUAUGAGAUUUGUCUCUAAUUCAGAAAUAACUCACUACUGACCAAAUGAGUGCCGUGUCUUCAAUGGGCAGUAGCACCUGGAAGAGGCCAAUAUUUAGGGUUUUUGCCCAAAGCACAUUUAGCCCUGCUCUACUGUUUAGUGAAAAUGCCCAGUGCAGAUGCCACCAGAGCCUCAUCUCGUGGAGUAAUGCUGUAAUAAAGAAUGUGGUUUUCUUGUGCAAGUCUUGACCUCUUCUUAUGAAAAUAACACACAACUCAGUAUUUUCAUGGUGUAUAAGUGAAAUGUAACUUUCUCUUUUUUUUUUUUUUCAAUAAAAUACAUUUCCUUUCCUAAA